GGGAGUGGAAAUAUUUGGGGGAAGUAUUCAGUUUAUCUAUCCACUUUUCUCUGGCUCGGAACAAGGUUGUGUGUCUGCUUUUAGUUACUUUACUCUGAGCAUCAGGCAAUUAAAGGAGAGUGACGCUGCUGUCCUCCGCGUGGGCAUGUGUUGCAUGUGAGAGGAACAGGAGUUGCACGCGCAGGCCUCCUUAACGCACAGUGAAGUCCCAGACACAACGUGGGCCAUUUUUUUACAGGACAUAAAGGAGAAGCUGACAGGGUCGUCAGCCAAUGCUAAAACUAUUGGGUUGCAGAAAAGGACAGAGUGAAAACUGAACAAGACGGCUCCACACACCAUGAAGAGAGGGGACUCUGGCAAUCACAGUCUGAAUGAAGCUGCGGCUCUGCACUCCAUGUCUGGCAGUAAUUAUGGCAGCAAAGGGAAGAGGAUUAAGGUAUCCCAUCCAGGGGUCCCAUUAGUGGGAUUGAUGUUGUUGGCCACCCUCCCUUUUGGAUCAAGCAUCAAACAAACUGUCCCCAGGGUCAAACUCAGCCACAGAGAACUGCUGCAUGCUGGCAGUGUCUUUCUGUUUUUGGGCCCCUCUGAUGGUCUCCACUCCCACACGCUGCUGCUGGAUGAGGAGAGAGGUCGUCUUCUGUUGGGAGCCAGGGAUCACAUCUACCUGCUUGACCCUGACAAUCUGGCAAGGGCCCCCAGGAAGAUUCAGUGGCCUGCUCCCCGGGACAGAGUCGAUAUGUGCAGACUAGCAGGCAAAAAUGCAAAUUUGGAGUGUGCUAACUUUGUCAGAGUCCUUCACAACUACAAUCGAACACAUGUCUAUGCCUGUGGGACAGGAGCCUUCCAUCCCAUUUGUGCUUUCAUUGAAAUCACCGGCCGCAGAGAGGAUGGCGUAUUCCGACUGCUGUCUAAUACACUGGAGUCUGGCAGAUUGAAAUGUCCUUUUGAUCCCUUGCAGCCGUUCACCUCAGUCCUCACAGAUCAUUACCUGUAUGCAGGUACAUCAUCCGACUUUCUGGGCAAAGACACGACAUUCACACGCUCCCUUGGCCCUCCACCUGACCAGCACUACAUACGCACAGACAUGUCUGAAGAAUACUGGAUCAAUGAGGCCAGGUUUAUAUCUGCUCAUCCCAUUGCAGACACCUACAAUCCAGAUGAUGAUAAGAUAUACUUUUUCUUCCGGGAAGUUUCUUGGGAAGGCAAUGACAAGAGCAUCCUGUCUCGAGUGGCUCGUGUGUGCAAGAAUGACGUGGGUGGGCUGAGGAGUCUGACCAAUAAAUGGACCACCUUUCUCAAAACCAGACUUGUGUGCUCCAUCCCUGGACCAGACGGAGUUGACACACACUUUGAUGAGCUCCAGGAUGUCUUUAUGCUCCCUACCAGAGAUGACAAAAACCCCAAAGUGUACGCAGUGUUCACCACCUCCAGCUCCAUUUUCCGGGGCUCAGCAGUGUGUGUGUACAGCAUGGCUGACAUAAGGGCCGUGUUUAACGGACCUUACGCCCACAAGGAGGGGCCCGACCACAGAUGGGUGGAAUACGAGGGGAGGAUACCGUAUCCCCGCCCUGGAACGUGCCCCAGCAAGACUUAUGAUCCCAGGAUCAAGACCACCAAAGACUUCCCAGAUGAGGUGGUCAGUUUCAUUCGGUUCCACCCUGUUAUGUUUCGCUCUGUCUACCCUCUGACUGGCCGACCCGUGUUCACACGCGUCCGAGUGGACUACACCCUAACUCAGAUUGUGGUGGACAGAGUUUUGGCGGAGGAUGGACAAUAUGAGGUCAUGUUUUUGGGAACAGAUGUCGGCUCCGUUCUGAAGGUGGUGAGCAUCACUCAAGAGAAUUGGUCAACAGAGGAAGUGGUGCUUGAGGAGCUUCAAGUUUUCCAGGUUCCCACUCCCAUCCUCAGCAUGGAGAUGUCUUCUAAACAGCAACAGCUCUACGUGGGUUCAAGUGAAGGGUUAGCCCAGGUGUCAGUCAGUAGGUGUCACCUGUAUGGCCAAGCCUGUGCUGAAUGCUGCCUGGCACGAGACCCCUACUGCGCCUGGGACGGACACAUGUGCUCGCGAUACAUCCCUGCAUCCAAGAGGCGAGCCAGAAGACAAGACAUCAAACAUGGAGACCCUGCCAGUCAGUGCUGGGACACAGAGGACAGUCUUGCUGGGGGACGUGUGGAGGAGAGGGUCCUGUAUGGGGUGCAAAGCAACUCCACCUUCCUCGAAUGUAUUCCCAAAUCUCAGCAGGCCCAGAUCCGGUGGUACAUACAGAGACCUGGAGCUGAGCGCAGGGAGGAGGUCAGGCUGGACGAUCGUGUUGUGCACACAGACCGAGGUCUCCUGAUUCGCUCCCUUCACGCCUCUGAUGCUGGUGUGUAUGUCUGCGUAGCUCAAGAGCACACGCACUUCACCCACACUCUCCUCCGUCUCACGCUGCAGCUUGUCUCACAUGGACAACUGGAUGGGAAGCCCAAGCCCAGUGAAGACCCCGUGGUGGAGUCCCGCCAGCGUUACAAAGACUACCUGAGAGUGAUGAGCUCUCCCUUUGGCUCUCUGGAGGAGUACUGCGAUUCACUGUGGCUGGAGAAGAGGCCGUCGAGGGUGCGAGGACGAGGCUUGGGCGGUGGCAAAUGGAAGCAUAUACAGGAAAUGAGGAAGAGCAGGAACAGAAGACAACACAGAGAGAGGGAGGAAGAGUGGGAUAAACAGAAGCGAGGGAGGGUGGUGAGGACAGCACAGCAGUGAGGAAUGUGGUAAGAAAAAAAAACAUCCAGAGUUAGCCGUCUGUAUUCUAGGUUGGAUUAUGUAGCAGAACGAGAUGCAGAACUGCAAAACUGCAACAACAGAUCGAUCCACGAGGAAGCAAAAUCUAACUCAGAGUUAACGGUUCACACUGUGAAAAGUUAAUUUUACUUUAAAAAAUGUCGGAAAUGGAUUCCCUUGAAAAAUGUAAAUAUAACUAUCAGUAUUA